AUGCCCUACAUGGCGUUUGAGGGUGUCGUGCAGGGCACCUUCUCCUACAGCGGCGAUCUCAUCUCUGAUGUCUUUGCUUCUGGCACUCUGUCGAAAGUCACGAUCACCUAUCAAGCGCAAGGCUCAGGAACCAGCGAGGUGAACAUCAGCGUGGAGGAGAAAGAAUGCGCCCCACCCAACCUGACCUCCAACACCAACACGGGGAUCACCAGCGAGACGAUACAGACGAUUGUGCUCGAUGAUCCGAGCAGCGACCUGCCCGAAGAUCACUGGCUGCAUCCCUGCCAGUGCGCACCGCCGCUGUGGGGACAGAAUGCCCCGGUCAUUCCCGAUGCCUUUUCCAGCAUUCCUGCGGGAAGCGGGAACGUCUUCACUGCGCCGCCCUUUCUCAUUGUUGAUGGCCAGUUUUCGUGCGGACUUGACCAGGAACAAGUCUUGGAUGUCAUCUUCGAGAGCGACUUGCAGACACUGACCUUUGAGGAGUGUCAGGUCUUGUGUUCGGAGCGCGAAGACUGCCGCUACUUCCUCUCGGGAGAGGUGCUUUCUUCCAAGCAGUGCCGGCUGUACAAGACUUGUUUCAGCUUGUGGCGUGAGGUCGGGCUCGCCGGCCAACUCUACUCCUUCCCCAGGAAUCUUCAGGUAUGUGCACUUGCCGACGCUGCUUUGUGUUGGACAACCACAAAGCGCCGGCAAAACCUCGGUGCAUACUACGUCCCCACGGUAGGUUUCUUCGACAUGCUGUCGGAGCCAUGCUUGGAUCAGAAUCUCUUCGAGGACUGCGACACGAUGCUGUUUCUCGGUGGUGUGGGCAUUCAGGAGUGUGCACCAUGCAAGUACACAGUCAUCCCAUCUGGCACCGACAGGGCCAACUACGACCAGGUUCUCCAGAAGUCCCUCUUGCGGAGCGGCUACUUGCACGGCGCCGUGAUGCAGGUGAGCUGCUGGCGCGAGAGAUAUGCACCGCUGCUCUUGAAGUUGGGCUGA